AUGCCGCCUAAACAGGUGGCGCCUCACCCUGACGACGACCAAAGUUCUGAUAACGAGUCGGACACUCCCGGAGUUGUCCGAGCCUUGGAGUCCCACGCAGAGCGUAUCGAAGACCUGGUCCACGCAGACCGCAUGGCAGCCAACCAGACCUUGGAGCGGCUGCUCCAAGAUGCCCAGCGGCAUCAGGAAUCAAACAGAGAGAUCGCGGAUGCGGUCGCCAACGCAGUUGGGCGCGCGUUGGCCCAAGGACUACACCACGCCGGAGCUCCCCCGCCAAUCCCCCCCCCCCCUGCAACGCAGCCCCCCAUCACAAGCUUCGGAGGACUCCGACUUCAGGGUGGCCCUGCUCCAGACUCCCAGCCCCCAAUCGGCGUCCCCCCUCCCGCCGACCCCUGGCCACCACUCUCGCAGUCGGAGUUCCAGCCCACCCCUGCGACCCACACAGCCGCCGUCACCGGGCCGGACCCCCGAUACCAGCAGCAGCCCUUUGGGCUCGCCGCCUCCGACACCGGGAGGUUUUUUGCUCCAUACGAGUACCCGCCCACCCAGCCCUACAACAUCCAGGUGGCUGGACGACAGCACAUCUUUACGGUCCAGGACCCCCCCACGAAGAGGGACAUCGCGGAGGCAUUUAUCCAUGUCCAGCAUGCCGCCCGCCACUCUCCCCAUAUCGGCAAGCGAGAGAUCACAGAACUCCAGUUACUGGAAUGUUUUGUCCAAGUAUGGGAUUGCCACUGCACCGGGCUCCCCAACCGGGACAAACUCAAGAUUUUCGAUCGAGUAUGA